AAAAAAAUGUCAUCUCAAUAGUUGUUAAUAAUUGAAAGAUUUAAUAGAGUUUCCAAGGAUUUCUAAUAAAUAAUGACGCUUUCUAUGUCUCUAAUUUGCCAAUAUUGUAAAAGUCCUCUUCGUUUUGAGAAUUUGAAAGAAAUUAAUACAGCUACAUUUAAUUUACUUAUUGGAAGUCUUAAGGAGAAGAAGCAAGAAUUUUAUGAAGAAGACAUGAUCCCGUUACUUUUUCCAGAAUCUAGAAAGAUUUAUUACCAUGAAGCAAUAAAUACAUUAAUAAACUCAUUAACAGAGGAUCAAAUAACAAAUAAAACAUCAUCUAGAAAUAUUUCAUAUAUUUUGUUUGAAAGCGAGGAUUUAAAAUCAUUUGAUACAUCAGUAUCGGGUAUGUUUAAUUCAAAUAAUCAAAUAAAUGAUCUAGAGACAACAUUUCACGAACCACCUACAUUUGAGCAUCUUUUUCAUAUUAUAUCUUUUCUUUCAGAUAUUAGGCAUCCUAUUUGUUCAGAAUGUUGUGAAAAAUUACUUGAUACUAUGUCUAAGCAUCAUCAUUAUUUAAAAAAUGAAAGAGAUACAUAUAUUGGGAUUUUAAAUCAUAUAAAUAAUGUUCUUCUUCACGAUGAUGAAAUCGAAAAGAUAAAAUUAGAGAUAGAAGAUAAUUUAAAAAAGGAAGCUGUCGCACUUAAAACCAUUGCUCAACUUAAAAAAAAACAGCAAGAUAUUGAAAAAGAAGUUAAAAAACUUGACGAGGAAUCCUUAAUUCUAGAUAAAGAAGAAGAAAUAUUUUGGAAAGAAAGAAAUUCAUUUUUACUUAAACUUCAAGAAUUUCAAAAUGAAAGAGACACUCUUAAUUUACAAUACGAUUAUAAUAUAAAACAACUUGAAGAACUAAAAGAAGCAAAUGUAUAUAAGGAUAUAUUUUGUAUUAGUCAUAAUGGACAAUUUGGCACAAUUAAUGAUUUAAAAUUUGGUCGUUUGCCUUCUUAUCCUGCAAAUUGGGACGAAAUAAAUGCUGCAUGGGGCUUAAUAGUAUUAUUGCUUCAUUCAAUUGCAAAAAAAUUAAAUUUCAAAUUUUCAGAAUACAAAUUAAAUCCUUUAGGAUCUACUUCUACAAUAGAUAAGCUUGAAUUUCAUAAUGAUUCUUCAUAUCCUUCCAAAACAAUUUCUUUUGAAUUAUACAAUUCCGAUAAUUUAUUAAUCAAACGUUUUUUCAUGCAAAAAAAAUUCGAUAUUGCUAUGAUUAGUUUUUUACAAUGUUUAAAACAAAUAGGUGAUUAUCUUAAACAAAUAGAUCCCUCUUUUAAAUUUCCUUAUAAAAUUCAAAAAGAUAAAAUAGGGAAUGCAAACAUCUCUAUUUCCUUUAACUCUGAUGAAAUAUGGACUCGUUCACUUAAAUAUCUUCUUACUAAUCUCAAAUAUAUCAUUGCUUACACUACUCAUCACUUAUCCUAA